ACAAUAAAUUAAAGGAAAAUUCUACUUGUACAUAAUUAUUGCACAUAAUGGUAUCCAUAAUUUGAUGUGUCAAUCAUCCGGUUGUUGAUGUGCAAAUGUAAUAAUUGAAUUAAAUGUUGAAUCCAAUGUCACGUGUAAUUAUGAACACCAUUAUGUAAAUAAUUAUGUACAUAUAGCACUACCUUAAAUUAAAACAGGAAAAAAAAUCCCUAAAACAUAAAAUUUAUUGGCCCAAGGGCCUCUGAGACUUUACAAAAGUCCAAUAUUCUCAUUCAUCCCCCAGAAGCCCAGUACGGCGACCUUUUCACCGUCCAGAUCAAGCAUUGGAUUUGGAUGGAACUGAACUGAAAAAUGGAGGAAAAACAGGAAAUCCCCGUAGGCGGUGGCGUUGUCAGUGGUGUAGCGGAGUACUGGUGGUGGGCCACCGCAAGCACGGGCCAAUUAACCUGGGCGGUUUCCAUUUAUAGAAAAGGCUACGCCGGCGACUGUCGUCUCAUGCCCUUUAAAGCCUUUGCUGUCGCUUCCCUCUUUAUUGGUGCCACCGCCACCGCCGCCGUUGCCUCCCUUCGCGCCUCUGGUCGAAGACAUGAAGCUUGCUGGUACAAAUAUAAGGAACCGACUAGGAAUACGUCCAAGACCAUGAGAUGAGUAGAUGCAGCUUUUGAAGAUUCUUGUAUAUCUGUAGCUUCUUCUCAUUUUCACUGGCGCUGUUUUACAACCCGGUUUUGUUUUUAAAUCGUUUUCCAGCGUCAAUCUUUACUAUGGGAGACCAUCAACAUGCAGUAAAGAUGAAUUGCUUUGUAAAGCAGAGACUCUAUGCAACCAAAAACUUUAGUUAAUACUAGUCUUUGCCCGUGUAAUGCACGGCCUUGGACAUUUUAAAGCUAAUGUUAGUGUAUUCAAUGUAUAAGUAUUGACGGGAGAUACGUGCAUUGAUUGAACAAAGGCUAUUAUUUUUUAA